GUUUGCUGAGGAGUGGUACGGGAGAGAGCAGCCAGCUGUGAGGGGAGCCCCGAAAAAAACAAAAAACUCAACCAGAAAGUACUUAAAGGACAAAGAACCGGUUCUACCCAAUCCAUCCUUUCUCCGACAGGUUAGAAACUUCACACACCGUGACGUGGAAAGUGUGACGGCUGGUUCUCCUCGGUCAGAGUCAUCAUCUCCUCCUCCUUUGAUCUGCAUCAUGUUGGAUCCGCUUGCCAUCAGUUGUCUCUUGUUGUGUAUUUGUGGGCUGUGCAAUGCCCAGUCUGGCAACCCUGUAGUCCAACUACGUCUAGCUGGGGAGAAAAGGAAACACUACGAGGGCCGGGUGGAAGUUUUCUACAAUGGAGAGUGGGGAACGGUGUGCGAUGAUGACUUCUCCAUCUACGCAGCCCAAGUGGUGUGCAGAGAGCUGGGCUUCAUGGAUGCUGUGUCCUGGUCCCCCUCAGCCAAGUUUGGAAAAGGAGAAGGUCGAAUCUGGCUCGAUAACGUGCACUGCACCGGUGGAGAGAAGAGCCUGGCUCAGUGUGAGUCCAACGGCUUCGGGGUUUCUGACUGCAAACACUCAGAAGACGUCGGGGUGGUCUGCUCCCAGAAGCGUAUUCCAGGCUUUAAGUUCAUCCAAAACCAAGCCAACAGCGUGGAGGGUCUGACGGUGCAGGUGGAGGAUGUGAGGAUCAGAGCCACGUACUCGCACAGAAAAAGAAUCCCCAUCACUGAGGGCUUUGUGGAGGUGAAAGAUGGAGGCAAGUGGAGGCAGAUCUGUAGUGAGGACUGGACACAAAUGAACAACAGGGUCGUCUGCGGCAUGUAUGGCUUCCCCGAUGAGAAAAACGUCAACGUCCGACCCUACAAGUUGCUGGCCAAGCGUCGGAAGAAGAACUACUGGGGUUUCUCCGUCAACUGCACGGGCAACGAGGCCGACCUCUCUGACUGCAAACUGGGCCGGCAGAUAGAGCUGAAGGGCAACAACACGUGCAGGAAGGGCAUGCCCGCUGUGGUCAGCUGCUUACCUGGACGGGCCUUUGCUCCGAGCGUCAGCGCCGGUUUCAGAAAGGCCUACAGGGUGGAGCAACCUCUGGUGCGUCUUCGAGGCGGAGCGAUGAUCGGCGAGGGCCGAGUGGAGGUGCUGAAGAACGGCGAGUGGGGAACCAUUUGUGACGACAACUGGAACAUCAGGGCAGCCACGGUGGUGUGUCGAGAGCUGGGCUUCGGCAGCGCAAAGGAGGCUCUGACUGGUGGCAGAAUGGGCCAAGGAAUUGGCUCCGUCCACAUGAAUGAGGUGGAAUGCUCCGGGUUUGAGAGGUCUCUGACUGAAUGCCGCUUUAACCGCGACUCGCUGGGCUGCAGCCACGAGGAAGAUGCUGCCGUAAGGUGUAAUGUUCCUAAAAUGGGCUUCAARACUCGACUUCGGUUAAGCGGCGGCCGUAACUCUMACGAGGGCCGAGUGGAGGUCCUGGCAGAGAGGAACGGCUCUCUGGUGUGGGGCACCGUGUGCAGCGACAGCUGGGGAACCAUGGAGGCCAUGGUGGUGUGCAAACAGCUGGGACUGGGGUUUGCCAGCCACGCUUUCCAGGAGACGUGGUACUGGCAAGGAGACUCAUCGUCUGAUCCUGUGCUGAUGAGCGGUGUGAGAUGUUCAGGAACUGAGCUGACUCUGGAUCAGUGUCUGCAUCACGGGAAACACAUAAGCUGUCCUAAAGGAGGCGGACGCUUUGCUGCUGGAGUUUCUUGUACUCAGACGGCCCCAGACCUGGUCCUGAAUGCUCAGYUUGUGGAGCAGACCACGUACCUGGAGGACAGGCCCAUGUACGCUCUGCAGUGUGCCCAGGAGGAGCGCUGCCUGUCCAGCACUGCUGACAAAGCAGARUCCAGCUCCUACCGCCGCCUCCUCCGCUUCUCCUCGCAGAUCCACAACAACGGGCUGUCAGACUUCAGACCGCGGGCGUCGCCUCAGUCCUGGGUCUGGCACGAAUGUCACAGACAUUACCACAGUAUGGAAGUUUUCACCUACUAUGACUUGCUGAGUCUGAACGGGACAAAAGUAGCAGAGGGACACAAAGCCAGUUUCUGUCUGGAGGACACUUACUGUGAUGAAGGUAUUCAGAAGAGGUACGAAUGUGCAAACUUUGGCUCUCAGGGGAUCACAGUGGGCUGCUGGGACACCUACAGACAUGACAUAGACUGUCAGUGGAUAGACAUUACAGACCUGAAGCCUGGAGACUACAUCUUCCAGGUUGUGAUAAACCCAAACUAUGAGGUCGCAGAGUCCGAUUACACCAACAACAUAAUGAAGUGUCGCUCAAGAUACGAUGGCCAUCGGAUAUGGACGUACAACUGUCAUAUAGGUGGCACGCUGAGUUCAGACGUAGAGGACACGUUUCCUGGACUGCUGACCAACCAGCUCUCACACAGGUAGAACUCCCUGAAGGACUGAGCUCAUGGAGGAAAAUAUUCAUGUUUGACAACCACUAGAGGGAGCUGUGUGAGAACACCGGUACAAUAAUGGCUCAAUAGGGUGAACUGCUUGCUUUGUAAAGGUUUUUAACAGAUUUGUGUCUUUUAAUGUUUCCUGCCUUUGUUAAUUAGACCUGGUGCUAAGAAAUGCAGUAAGGACUGUAACCAAAAAAUGUUGCUCAGCUAAUCCAACAAGUGCCUUUUAAACAAGUUGGAGAGUGAAUGAGACCAAAAAUAAGACGUGGCCAUAUUCCUGAAUAGAUGCGUUGACUUUGGAUGGAUGAAAACAGUCUUCUGUUAAAUCUGGUGGUAGAACUGGUCAGAUUUUUUUGCACUGAAUGUUUUUAAAAACAGAUAUCAGAUUUUAAACAGUAAACGCCUGGUUUAUAUUUUUACUGCAAAUGUGUUCACUUUUACAAUAUAAAGAACUGAAAUAAGGUUUAGAUUUUUCUGGUGCUGAAUGGAUCUGGUUCCUGCAGCGUUUCGGACCAUCUGAGAAGACUUUUCAGUCACAAUUUAAACAUUUGUUUGUUUUUUGUGUGUUCCCCAAAUAUGUUUGUUUUGAAAAAAUGUUCUAUUUAUUAUAUGUUCUACUUUUUAAUCUGUACGUCCCAUCUACUCUUUUCUCGUCGUCUUGAGUUUUGUUAAAUUAUUACCAUCAGGGACUAUGAAAACAUUGUGGGAGUACUGUAACAGCCACACAUGUAUGUGAAAAGGCCUCUUUGUGGGUUUGUAAAUUAGUCUGAAUGUAGCAGUUUAAAGUUUUGGAUGCUGAGGUGAAUGUGGAAAAGUGUUGCAUUUUUAAAUAAAAUAUGAUCAAAGCAAAAA